AUGCCGGUACUGGUGUAUUUCCACGGCGGUGGCUUCUUCUCUGGCUCUGGAACGUUCGGAGAUGCUGGGCCGCAUUACUUCAUGGACCAAGAUGUCAUCCUGGUCACCGUCAACUACCGUCUUGGACCCCUCGGUUUCUUCAGCUUGAAUCAACGUGAUGCUCCUGGCAACAUGGGGCUCUACGACCAGGUGAUGGCGCUCCAGUGGGUGAAAGACUACAUCAAAUAUUUUCACGGUGAUCGGUUUCGCGUCACUAUUAUGGGCGAGGGAGCAGGCGGUGCCUGUGUUCACUUGCAUCUCUUCUCUCCAAUGUCUAGAGGUUUGUUCUCACGGGCCAUUUCGCAGUCUGGUGUAGCGUUCAACUCAUGGGCGCUCAUGAACGACAUGGUUAACACGUCUAAGACACAUGCGGCAUUCCUUGGUUGUAACAAAGAAAAAGAUUCUAUGACUAUGAAAUGUCUGAGGCAAGUCGAGGCAGAACAAAUUGUGAACUCUACCAAAGGACUGCAUGUGCUGAAGGUGGCUAGUGUCAAAAUUGGCUGA